AUGUUACCUUUACUAUGUUUCCUAUCCUCUUCAGGCUUGUCCACCGCUCUUCCGGCCCAUUUCAGGCUUUUCCCAUUCGGUAGCCUUCUUCAAAAUCCUGAUGACCGCGGGCGAUUGUAUGACCCUGGGUACAUGUGCCCUAUUGGGACGCAAUGGUAUCCUCCUAGCCAUGAUGAUAUAGAGCCCGAUUGCUCUAUUUUCGAUGUCUACCAGUGGACCCACAAUCACAUCAAGAAGGAUGAUGCCGUAAAGGGGACAUUAUUGACCAGUGAGAAGCAGGCAAUCAUGGACGCCUUGGACGGUUGGUGCCUUUACAAAGACUGGGAUUCGCUAACAGGUGCUCUCCCAGAAAGGGCUCUGCGCUGUAUGACGGACUUAAUUGCCCGAGCACUGGUUGUCAAGGACAUUAUCGAGACGAUCACGAAGAAUCCUUUUUUCUAUAUGGACUUAGGUGAUGAUGUUUCUGGUCGAGCCGAUGCUCUACCCCCACCUCUGGGGCUGGAACUGUAUCAUCUGUGGCAAAAGCUUCUGAAAGUCGAUCGGGUUGACGCACAUAAAUGGCGAGAACAGACUGUCCACCUUAUGAACAAGGCGCUCCCGCACCAAAGGCCCAAGGACACAUUUGCAGGGGUACGAAGUCUGAGGCUCCGACGACGUAUUACCAGACACCUUGCCACGAAGAUGCUGGACAGGUCCAGCCCGUUGUAUCCUUUACUCCGGAAGAAUGUUGGCACCCAGACCAAACUUGCGCGGUUUAAAUUGAUGCUGGGGAUCUAUCGUGAUGCAGCCGAGAAAUCGGUCAAGAUGUGGAUUGGCCUCUACAACGAAACCAGCGAGUUUUACCACAUGGAAUGGCAAACCUGGCAAACUUUUAGUGACGACAACCCGAAUAGCCGGAGAACGGUACUGAUUCUCGCACCACUCAUCUGGCAACUGCAGUUCGGCAUAGAGCCCACUCCCCGGGAGGAAUUGGACGGCUGCUCGCCAACCCCGGUGGAUGAGGAUGGUCAUCCGAAUGUGAUUGUUUGUCGCGGUCUGGUCGUGCUCUCGAAGCACACUGAGUCCGAACCAACGGAGGAAGCCUAG